CGAAAGCUAGGGUUUUUCUCUGUAAAUUUCGCUCGCCGGCAUAAAAGGAGUGGGGAGAGGAAGAAGACAGUAGCAGGAUCGAAAAUGAAGGGACGUCAAGGAGAGAGAGUUAGGUUGUAUGUGCGAGGAACAGUCCUCGGUUACAAGAGGUCCAAGUCCAACCAAUACCCCAACACUUCUCUCGUCCAGAUCGAAGGAGUGAACACUCAAGAGGAGGUUAACUGGUACAAGGGAAAGCGUAUGGCUUACAUCUACAAGGCAAAGACAAAGAAGAACGGUUCUCACUACCGUUGCAUUUGGGGAAAGGUCGCUAGGCCUCAUGGUAACAGCGGUGUUGUCCGUGCUAAGUUCACUUCAAACUUACCACCAAAGUCAAUGGGAGCUAAAGUCAGAGUGUUCAUGUACCCAAGCAACAUAUGAGGAGGAAGCUUGAUUCAAGAACAUUUUACAAACUACCGGAAGGGAAUCACAAGUAUCAUUUCGCAGGAGCUGUAGUUUUAUCCUUUAAUUCACUUUUUGUCAUAGACUCUUCUUGUCAGUUUUGAUUAUCGAUUAAUGGAACUUCAGAAAUAUUAUGAUCCUCAUCAUUUCCCUAUUUUUUAGCUCUCAA